GAUCUAUAGACCAGCAACCACCCGACUAAACAAAUCAGGACAAACGAGCAGGAAAACAAGCCAUCAUAAGCGCCUCUAGGUCGGCUUGUACACCUUCCUCUUCCGCAAGACGUCGCCGUCGCCAUGGCGGUCUCUGAUCAGGAGAUCCAGAGGGAGCUCAAAAACCUGAGAUCAUUCCGUCGUCUGUCGGCGACAUCACAAGGCCCAGGUGCGACCCCUCUCGAUCCGGACCUUCCGCCGGUUUCCCCACCCUCUUCUCAGUCGAGCUCUGCUGUACCGAGACAGCAUUGGCAGGAUGCGAGUUACCACCCCAACCCGCCCGUCUCGCCGACGAGGUCUGGUUCCCCUGCUAGCGUCUUUAACCGGACUCGUAGCGGCUCAAUUGAACAACUCAAUACUGGCAGCGGUAACAGCAACAGCAACCAGUACAACAGCAACACUACCCCCAUGCAGAGACCUAGUAUGAAUGACGUCGAGGACCGGGUAAUAGGUGCAGGUGGAGGCAACGAGGAGGACCAAUCCCCCUUGUUCUGGUUACCCGCUCGACUUCAUCCCGAGCUCGCUCCUGGGGAAUUCAGGGCUUUCCUCAAGACCCAUUCACACACGGAUUCGGACGGAGUAGUAGACGGAGUCGGGGAAGCUACAGGAGCAUUGGCAGGGACCUCGUUGGGCGUAGGGAAUGCUGGAGGAUCGGGACCCGGAUUGGCUAGAUCUCCGUCGUGGUUGGCUCGGAGCGGACAGAGUGGGUCAGGCGGCGAUCUGGGGAGGAAGAGGUCGAUGUUAUCCCGGCAAUAUCAACCUCGGGUGAACGAUGGCGUCGAGAGCGAACCUCCACCAUUGCCCUCGGAAGCCUCUCAGCUUCGCAGAUCUGGGUCUCAACGGGCCAACAUUUACGGAGGGGUCAAAGGCGAUCAGGGGGUCACGUUGGAAGAGCUUCAGAGGUUGGAACAUUUGGUAGAAGGGGCUGGGAUUGGGGACGAUCCGGCGCAUAUGAGAAACUUGUUGAAAAGGAAUCUGAGUUUGAACUCGACGCCCGAACUGCUGGAAGGUCGACCCGAGUCAGGCGAGUCGGUGGACAACGAUGACGCACCCAUUAUCGCAGCUUUACCCGGUCAGAUCCUGCGUCGAGCGGCUCGUACGAGGAUCAGGAAACCUGGCGCACCCGCCGACGGACGGUUCGGAGCGCCAAGAGCGGGACGUUCGGUCUCGGGGACAUCGUCCAACGAUCACCAUAUGAGUGAAGAUGGGUUACGGGACCCAGCGUAUGAAGAGGACGAUCGUCGCCGAGGUCCACCUUCUGACGAGAGCGACGACAUGUACUCGGCCGAGAGUGGUCUUGGAGUGGAUGACAAUAGGGACAGGAUGGCUUAUCGUCGACCUUCGAACGGCUCGACCGAAGAGUCUGCCAUCUACGACUCGUACGUAGACUCGUCCAACGAGACUUCGAUCGAGUCCUCCACGACAUCAUUGUCGCUGGACGACUCGAACGAGUAUGGAAGCUCGCACUAUGAUGAUUACGCGCGGGACGAGAGGGACGCUGCCGAGUGGGAAGAGGCUGAGAGGACACCGACGGAGAGCAUGUAUCGGGAUCCAGGACGGGACGCUAUACUGGGUGAUGCUACACAGCGGUACGGUAACAACAACAAUCCGCCCUCGCCGCCCGAGACGGUCCGGCGUGAGGACUUCAAGGAGGAACGACGGCAGGAGAAUGCGUAUGCCAAGUUGUACACCAACCCACCACCUCAGACUCCCCCGAGCCCGGUCAAGCAGCAGGCACCGCCAGUCAAGGUCGAGGCUCCCCCUCUGAAACGUAUGGAAAGGCAACAAUCGACCGAGAGCCUCAAACGGGCCAAGGAAGAGGAAAAGAAGAAGCGGGGCGGAUUCUUUUCGUCGAAAAAGGACAAGGACAAGGACUCGAAGCCCAAGAAGGAGGGCAAGAAGGAGAAGGAAGGUUUCCUGGGGUCUCUAUUCGGUAGCAAGAAAAAGGUGGAGGAACCGGCGCCGCUCAAGUUUUCUGCUGCCGGACCGGCCGCGGCUGCAGCUUUGUUAGGCACAUCCAAGUCGGCCAAAUCGCUGGGUCUCAUUCCGAUGACGGGCCAUUCGCCUACCUCGCCUGGGUUCUCGCCUUAUGCGCGUUACCCGAUCCACGUCGAGCGGGCCAUCUACCGGCUGAGUCAUAUCAAGCUAGCAAACCCGCGUCGACCAUUGUAUGAGCAGGUCCUCAUCUCCAAUCUGAUGUUCUGGUACCUCGGUAUCAUCAACAAACCUCAGGCCCCUCCUUCGCCGGUCCCGGACGAUAAGGCUAAAACGACGUCGGAAGCGGCCGAAACCAAAGAGAAGGCCACGGAGCCGCCGUCGCCCUCGAUGAUCACGAUGUCUGAAAAGUCGCCGGUCUCCAAGUCGUCCCGUUCGAGCAGUCCGGCACCGGCACCUCAGCGGACUUCUUCCCCUCCAGCUGCACCAGCUCCUGCUCCAGAACCCGCCCCGGCCAAGAGGACGGGGCUCAGAAAACCAGAGACGCAAAGUCGAACACGCGCCGCAGAGACGCCUGUCCGAACACCUCAAUACGGUGUGCAGAACAUGCAGAUGCAGCAAGAAUACAACCGCUCUUCUGGUGUCCCCGUCGGCUCACCUUCUCGCUCACAACCGCCACCAAACGCCGCUCCGCCUGUACUAGGAGCCCCGAUGCGAACGGGUCUGCAACCGAGUCCUCGUCUGGUCGAGGAACCGCCACGAGGCCAGAUCCCUCGUUCUACUCGAUCGCCAGAUCUGCCACACGCCCCUCAGGGUCAAGGCGCAUCGCCCAAGCAUCAGGGGUAUCGAGAGCAACCCGCUAACCUCAGGGUCGAUGUCGAUCUCGCCAGAAGCUCCGUGCAACACCGUCACGAAGUCCAAAGGUCACCUGAAGGGCCGUAUCCGGUGCCGCAUCACCGUCCCGAAAAUGCCUACCGCGAACGAAAGAGCGUCGAACCCGACAACAAGCCUCGAUCACCCCAUUCACCUCACUCGGGUAUUCAACCUGGUCAGAUUUUCCAUCAUUCCAGCGUCCAACCUGGUCAGGUUUUCUCAGCACAACGGACCUCGCCUGGACAACCUGUUGGGCAGAUCUUCAGUCACCCUACAUACCAGUCACCGACACAACACCCUCAGGGCGCUCCUGAGCAUCAUUACGGCCACUACACCGAGCUCCCUCCCGGCGCAAUGCCACCGCGCAGCAGUCAACAGCCGCAACAAUGGCGGGCGGCUCCUCCGCCGCAGUCCAGGUCGAACAGUCAAUACGAGUAUGACCAGGCCAAGCGGUCGACUUCGGCAGGCUACGCACCCAACGGAACCGUGCGGGACAUGCCGCCGGCCGGUCCUCGUUCCUUUUCGGCUGGCGAUCCGCGGUCUCAUCCUCAACCACAAUACCACGCACCUCCCAGCCCUGGCAGAGCCCACGAUGAAACGCCAUAUAAUCCCUACUUGCGUCAACCCGCGCAACAAAACAUGGGGUAUGCAAACGAGAGACGAUAGCAAGGGCAGCAGAGAGCGAUGUCACGACCAUUUACGGCGAGGCCCAAUGAGUAUGCGAUUGUAACUACAUAACAAAUGUCACGCCCUUUACAUGCAGAUGUUUAAUCUCGGUGCGCUUUUCUUUGAUACUUGCGGGAACCACACAAGUCUUAUAUACCCCCACCGCCGCGUGCUCGUUCUCCCUCUUGACGUCGUACUCAUCCCGUCC